CAGCAGGCUCCGGCUGAGGAAGCAAAGGGCAAGGAGCCGGCUCAGUUGACAGCUGGUACUGGGCCGAACCAGCUGCAGACAAGGCGCCCUGAACCUGAGCAGCUCCAAGUGACACCGAGGGACUGAAGACACUCCCUCCAGGGACUCAACAGGAACCAUGGGUAACCAAAUGAGUGUUCACCAAAGAGCUGAAGAGCAAGAGAACGAUUCAGAAACAGACGCUCAUGAGGUGGCGUUGAAGAGGAACUGUGUUCACAACGGGACGCCGGUGAUGGUGUCGACCUACACAGUACAACUCUACGAUGAAGUGGAUUUGGGAAUCAGCGUCCAGGAAGACAGUGCGGCCGCUUCUUCCCCCAAGACAGUGGAGACCAGCGCCGUCGCGGGUGCCGGCGGGCAGAAUCUCGGGAAGCAGGCCAAGCCCCGGGCACCAGCUGCUAAAUCGCAUUUUUUCUUGCCUCUCUCGCGGCCGGUACCAGGGCGUGCCGGAGACCGAGGCGAGGAUUCAUCGGAGCCACCCCGCGCGCCAGGGCGGCCCGAUGUCAGCUCCGCGGGUGGCCUAGGGGACAAAGGCGCGAGUGACAGCAUGGCCCUGCGGCCGGCAGCUGCGCGGGGCCCCGGCCCCGAUAAAACCCCCGGCCGCACCCCCGCCGACCACCACGGCCUCGCUGCCACUCGGGGACCCGCGCCUCGGCCACCUGAGUCAGGGGGGGCGGCCCCCUCCAAGCCUAAGGACUCCGGCUUUUUUAACAAACUCUUCAAACUGGACAAGGGGCAGGACCAGGCCCCCGCUGUCAGCCACCGGGAGGCCGAGUGUGCGGCGCGCCAGGACCAGGCCUUCGACAUCCCUGCGUGCCCCGGGCCGGCCCACGAUGUCCCCGCAGAGAGGGGCAUAGCUGAAGGCCAAGACAAGGGACAGGAAGUCACACCCGUGAGUUGCUCUCUCCCCCGGGACCCUGAAGAAUUGGAGAUUGCCACGGAGGACCCCCAGACAACAGCUAUCACGGAGGAUAAUAAUCCCAUCAUGAGCUUCUUUAAAACGCUGGUGUCACCUAACAAAGCUGAAACAAAAAAAGAUCUGGAAGACACGGCGUGCAAAGCAGAAAGUGUCUGUGAUGGGCAAGCUGGGCAGAAGACACUCGAGAUCCAGGCGAAAGGCGCCAAGAAAAAGCACCUGGACAGCCCCAGGCUAGGACUCGCCUUUAGACGGUUCUUUAGGCAUAAGGGGGCUGAAAAGUCACCUGCUACGUCAGCAGACCUGAAGUCAGACAAAGCCACCUUUGUACCCCAGGAGACCCAAGGGGCAGCCAAGAAUCCUACACCCACGGAAACGGCAAAGGAGGGUGCCAAGCAGAAGGGGGGGCCCUCCCCUCUGCCUCUGGGCAAACUGUUCUGGAAAAAGUCGGUUAAAGAGGAGCCCGUCCCCACAGGUGCAGAGGAGAAUGUGGUGUGUGAAUCACCGGUAGAGGUUAGAAGGUCCCAGGAAGUAGACUCCGCCUUACAAACCGUGGAUCUCAACGAAGAGGCGGAGGCCACACCUGCACCCCCAGAAGGAAAACUCAAAAGAGAAGAACGCAAGCCACCGACAAAUUCUCUGAUGGCGUUCCUCAGACAAAUGUCAGUGAAAGGGGAUGGAGGGACCACCCACUCAGAAGACAUAAAUGGGAAAGACUCCAGCUACCAAACCUCGCACUCCGCGCAGAAGGCCACCACGCCGCCCGAGCCCCAGCCCCAGCCGGCAGGAGCGAGCCAGAAGGGCAAGGAGGGCUCCGCCAAGGACAAGAAGACAGCCGCCUCCGAGAGCAACAAGCAGAAGAACCACAAGCAGGAAGCCAAAGAGCCGGCCCCCUGUGCAUGUGCGGAGCCGGCCGUGGCCGUGGCCGUGGCCCAGGCCAACGCGCUGCAGAAUGGGGACAGGCCCCAGAGGAGAUGGGAGAAGCGAAGCCAGUCCUUCAGGGGCUUCUUCAAGGGCCUGGGACCAAAGCGGAUGUUGGACGCUCAAGUGCAAACAGACCCCGUAUCCAUUGGACCAGUUGGCAAAUCCAAGUAAACAAAUCGCCACAGUUCCCACCACGUCCUCCUGCCACCAAGAGGCCUCCUCCCUAUCCAUCUCCUCCCCGACCCACUCCAUGUAUAUAUUUUUUCUUCUGAUGGCCAUCGAAUGAAAUUCUGCCUACAAACCAAGCCUGAGCUGUUGUAUAUUGAGGUGUAUUAUUUACGUCUCUGGUCCGAUCUUUGCUGGUAAAUAAUCGUAAGGAUGGUUUAGGAGGUUAACUUGUCAGGUCAGAAGAGUGGAUGGUGGGGUAGGGUAGAGGGAUCUUUCUAGUUAAACUAUGAACACGGCAGCGACAAGUUGCAGGAAAGAAAUGGCUGCCUUGUGUAAUUAAGCUUUGUCUUAAACGGGCUCAUCCAAGAAGAGAGGAAAAUCUGUUUAAGUUCAUCUUUCAAGGAGGGAGGACAUGGCUCUGUAUUGGGAAGUUGCCAAUUUCCUGGAGUGGAAUGUGUGGGGAAUGAGAAAAGGAGUGAAUAAGAGUUGUUUUUUACAUAGGGUCCUUGAAAGUUAUUGGCGAGGGGGGCAAGACUGACUGGAGAGAGCUUAAAACAGUUUGGGUAAACAAUUGCUUUUUUGAGGCUCAGUGACAAGGGCGAGGAUUACAACUUAAAAACAAAACACACAAAAAAACAAAAAAAUGCAGUUGCUAGUUUAUUUUGCAACACAAGGGGGCGCCCAGGGCUCCAUGUGAAUCCUGCAUCCUGUGUCCCUAACAAAGAUGUGGUCCCUGCGAUCUUACUUCUUCAUGUUUCUUAGGUGGCUGAGGGGCUUGCUUCAUCUGUCCUGUCUGGCACUUGUCUCGCGUCUGUCUGUAAUUUCCUAAUGUUCUCAGGAUGUGCUCUGGUAAAACCCUUCCCGUAACCCCAAUUAAUAAAAAUUUACAGAAGAUUA